AGACAGUACGGUUUUCGAUACAAAUUCCAAGUAUAUGACGUGGCAACUUCAGACAAAUCGCCGACGAAUUGACCAAUCACAUGGCUCAAUCUACACCUCGGUGUUCUGCACUGGGCGCACACCCGCGCCAUGCACAACGCGAUCAAGUUGCAAAAGCUCAUCAACCCCCAAAAGUCGUCGCUGGGGUAUUUUUAUCGAAAUAUCAAACGUCGUCUGGGCCUACUGAGCGCGCGAUAUUGCGCUGCCGUAUUCGCCCCCGUGUCCCUCGACCUAUUGCAAACGUUUGCGGGUGUGGAUAUUCCCAUCUACCAAUGGUUUGGCAGUGUCGAAACCACAGGCGUAGCUUGUAUGAGUGGCCCUCACUGUUGGAGCUUGGGAGCUAGCGGCAAGCCGCUCCCCUCCACUCAAAUCCUAGUGUCCGACCCACAACUAACCUCUAUAUUGGGUGAAAGCCAGAUUCGAAUUCAAGGCCCCCACCUGAGUCCGUCGGUGGAGGUGGAUGCCGAUGGGUUCUGGCACAGUCCAUUUGAUGGAGCAACUCGUCGUGCUAAAGAUGUCGUGAGCCCGAAUUUGGACAAGUACUUGACCUUGAAUGACGCGAUUCAAGCCGCGGAACGCCUAUACAGUACAGCCAUGACUCGACCCACAAGUAGCCCUCGCAAUCGCAAACACAAGCCAGACGAAGAAGCCAUGAUUUCCCCUAAUAAAGCUGCCAGAGGCCUGGAUCUCGACAAGAAUGAUGAUCCUUUUGCUCUGUUUGCCCUCGAACGUGUACGACAGCAACAACAACAUCAACCGAUAUCUGCCAAAUCCCCCGAGAGAUUUCCCCAAGGGCCGCCGCCGCCCGCCGCCGUCGCAGCUCCAGAUUUGAUCUCAUGGGAUGAAGAUAUAGGGGCAGUGGUUGCGAAGACCAACCCGUUUGACGAGGCCAACGACCCACUGACCAAGCCUACUACGAAUCCAUUUGAUCUGAUGUAA